AUGAAUAAUCUCACUGGUCAAAUCCCGCAAAGCUUUGGAUUUCUCACAAGGCUUCAAGUUCUUCAUCUUUCUGAAAAUCGUCUAUUUGGAAAUGUUCCAUUGUCCAUUUUUAGUGUGUCUUCUUUAAAGGACAUUGAUUUGUCUCGGAAUUACGAGUUAACUGGGAGUUUGCCAAAUGAGAUAUGCACUAAUCUGCCAGUGUUGGAAUAUAUAUCCCUGCAAGAUAAUCAAUUUGUAGGUGAACUUCCUAAAGGAAAUUUACCAAGAGACAUGUGGAACAUGUCAAAGGUUCAAGAACUGUUUAUUGGAUGGAAUAACUUUACAGGAGAUAUACCAAGUGAAAUGAACCUGCCAGCUAUUCGGAAAUUAAGUCUUCGAAGAAACGAGUUAGUUGGAAUACUACCACCAUCUCUUGGGAAUUUGUCAACUUUGGUAAUGAUAGACAUUGGUGAAAAUAAAAUUCAUGGUAAUAUUCCUCCACAACUAGGACAUCUCUCUAGUCUUGAAGGACUAUAUUUUGGAUCGAACGCGCUAUCAGGUGAAGUUCCUGUUAGAAUUUUCAACAUUUCUUCACUAAAAGUAAUAGCACUUGCUGCGAAUACUCUGUCCGGUAAACUUCCUUCAAACUUAGGCUAUAGUCUUCCAAAUCUUGAAGGACUUUAUCUUGGGAUUAAUAAUUUUAGUGGUAAACUUCCUAGCUCAAUCUCAAAUGCCACUAAGGUCAAAUUUCUUGAUCUUGGAAGGAACAUGUUUAGCGGAAACGUACCAAUUGAUCUAGGAAUAAAUCUCAGGCAGAUUCAAAGCAUCAACUUUCAGAGGAAUAUGCUUAGAAAUGAUCCUUCUUCUACGGGCGAAAUCAGUUUUCUAAAUUCCUUCUCACAUUGCAAGUACUUGAAAUUUUUAAUGACUGGAGACAACCAAUUUAAUGGCAUUCUUCUGAAAUCAUCCUUAACUAAUAUGUCGUUGUCUCUUGAGAGGUUCAUCGCCUUUUACUGUGGAAUCAGGGGGGAAAUCCCAGUUGAAAUUGGUAACUGGACUAACAUGUCGUGGUUAACACUAGGCGCGAAUGAGUUUAUUGGUUCGAUUCCUCAAGAAUUAGGAAACUUGAAAAAGUUGCAAACUUUGAGAUUGUAUGAAAACAAAUUAGAUGGAAUCAUACCUGAAAGGUUAUGCGAAAUCAAAGAAUUAUACUAUUUUGACUUGCGAAGAAAUCAGAUUACAGGGCAAUUAACUGGUCCUUUGGCGUUGGAGAUUGGAAACAUGGGAGGUUUAAGUGAGUUAUAUCUAUCAAGAAAUGAGUUGUUUGGUUCGAUUCCAAGCACCAUAGUACAGCUUCAGAAAUUGGUAAUUCUCGCAUUAGAUAUGAAUAGAUUAGAUGGUGCUAUACCUAAGUCAUUCGAAAAAAUGGUCAGCUUGGAGUACUUGGAUCUGUCACAAAAUAAUUUGACAGACCGAAUUCCAGAGUCGUUAACAAAGCUUGAGCAUCUCAACUAUCUGAAUGUCUCUUACAAUGAGUUAUCAGGUGAAAUUCCAGAUGGAGGGCCUUUUGGUAAUUUCACAGCUGAAUCGUUCAUUGGCAACGCAGAGUUGUGUGGACCGUCUAGAUUCCAAGUCAAGGUGUGUGAAAUCCAGAACAAUGUGAGAAGAGGAAACAGGAAGAAAACAGUACAAAAAUUUGUUCUUGGACCAGUUGCAGCUGGAGGUUUAGUCACAUGA